GUAAAAAGGGUUUGGGAUUGUGAUAGGUGUGCAUGGUGCAUUGUUUUGAAAGUGUGUUCCAUUUGUUUUCUGUCUGUGAAGGUGUUUGUUGCCAGGCUCUGUGUGGCUGUUGAUCUUUUUGGCUUAUUUCUGGGGGAAAGAAAGGAAAUAUAAGUGAGCUGAGAGCAGCAGCUUUCGCUCUGCAGAUACAAAGCAAGAGAGCCAAGCCUUCUUUCCUAAUGCUGUAGAGUGGCUGUCUUUUGCAAUGAGAACUUAAAAAGAAAUGUAGGAAAUUAUAAAUGUCUUAAUAAGUGGUUAUGUUGCAACACUUCCUUGUGCUAAUGUGGUCCUUUAUUCAAAAAUAGAUCUUGCUGAGUUAACUGGAGCUUGGGGAUAAUAUCUUAGUAUGGUCACUUAGCACUACAGUCUGCUUGGCAUGCCCAAGAUCCCAGGUUUGAACCCCAGAAGUUCCAGGCAGGAAGAGCAGUGUACCACAGGGCUUCCUAAUGCAGCACCUGUGUGAAUCAGUGUGCCUGUUCCUGCAAGGCACAAAUGAAAGAUGUCAGUAAGAAUCUCCUCAAAAGAUAUUCAGUAUAAAGCUGUUUGUUACUUCUGCAUAGUUCCUCUUUGCAUUGGGUCAGUCUCUUUGACAUCAAAUACGUCCUCAUAAACAUGCCCACUUUUUAUUUGGUGCUAGAAUUGGCCGAUACAGAUCAUUUCGUGAUCCUGUCUCUUCUGCUGUUUUAGAUGCAGCAGCCAUUUUGUGUCAUGCCAUACCUUUGCAGCAGCCAUUUUGUUCUAUGCCCUAUAGUAGCCAUUUUGUGACUGGGGAUCAUGACACGUUCUCAAAGUUCCAGAUGUGCCCAAUGGCCCAAAAAGCUCUUGCUAGUUGCAGUGCCAAGUUAUGUCUUCCAACAGUCAAGGAAAUAUGUCUUCCCAUGACAAGGUGCAAGAGGCAUCUGCACAGGAGGAGAAUGUCUUGAGAAGAGUAGUCAGCAUGCCAUUGGUUAGCUCUGCCUAUGACAUGGCUGCGAACGCCUACAACUCUACCAAGGGCAGCCACCCCUAUGUGAAGUCCGUCUGUGAUGCUGCCGAGAAGGGCAUGAAGACCCUGAAAGAAGUGGCGGUCAGCACUGCUCAGCCUAUCCUGACUAAACUUGAACCCCAGAUUGCAGCAGCAAAUGAGUAUGCUUCCCGGGGCUUGGAUGCCCUGGAGGAGAAGCUGCCAAUUCUUCAGAUGUCAGCUGAUAAGGUUGCUUCCGACACCAAGGAGAUGGUGUCGUCCAAAGUGGCAAGCGCUAAGGACGCCAUUGCCGGCAAGCUCUCUGGAGUUGUAGGCAUGACGAAAGAAGCUGUGCAGGAUGGCAUGGAAGCAACCAAGUCUGCUAUUGGCCAGAGUCUGACCACCGUUAUGGAAUCCAGAAUGGGCCAGAUAGCUGUCAGUGGUGCUGAGGCAAUGCUUGGCAGAUCUGAAGACCUGAUAGAUGAAUAUCUCCCCAUAACAGAUGAAGAACUGGCUGAGAUUACAGCAGCUGCAAAGGAUGGCAAUGUGGUUCCGGUGCAGCAGUGUGAGCAGCAGGAAUAUCUGGUGCGCUUGGGCUCCCUUUCAAGCAGACUCCGCCAAAGGGCCUACUUGCACGCUGUGGCGAAGAUCAGGCGAGCCAGGCAAAGGAUCCAUGAGUCUCUCUCCCAGCUCCAGCAGAUAAUUCACAUGAUUGAAUACAUGAAACAAGGUGUGGGACAGACCUUUCAUGAGGGUGAAAAGAAGCUUAGCCAGAUGUUGAUCGAAUGGAACAAGGCAAACCCAGAAGCAAAGGAUAACAAAGAUAUGGUGCAGAUAGAGGUAGAAAGCCAAACCCUGACAAUGUUUCAGUCUCUGAUCCAUCGUCUGCAGACCGUUAGCCAAACCCUGGUGUCCAGCAUCCAAGGAUUCCCUUCUAGCCUGGAGGAUAAGGUGCAGAAAGUUGGCCAAAGCACUGGAGAACUUCAUGCUGCCGCUUCCACGGUCAGAUCCUUCCAGGACCUCCCCAGCACCCUCCUGGCCCAGAGCCGCCAGACAGUGCAGAAAGCGCAAGAAUACGUGGAUGAGCUGCUGGAAUAUGUCACUCACAACACCCCUCUCUCCUGGCUGGUGGGGCCUUUCGUGCUCUCUGGCAAGCUGCCUGCUGAAGUUUCAGAGCCAGCAGAUUGAGGCAAGACCUCUUGCAACAAGCCUGCUAUGCACUCUUUUUGCUCUAGAUGUCAGCACUGUAUUUCGAUAACUUCGUGGCAGGUGAGCCCUGUACAGUGUAGAAGAUGAGCGUCUUUGUGCUGGCUGAACUCUCAGAAUUGUAAAUAUCCCAAACAGUCACUUUAUUUAUUUAAUAUUUCAAAAUGUUGUAGAGCAAAGCUGCUAAUAUUGAAGUGGUGGUAAUUAAAUAAUGGUCAAAACUGGUAUAGUUGGGAACCCUGCUGUCGCUGCCCCAUAGGAACAAUGCAUGACUUGUAGUUGUCAAAUCCUGUGAACUGUCUUGCUUUUGGGGGAAAGU